AUGCCCGACAUACCAGUAGGAACACAGAUUUUCGACAUUGCCUUCCAUCCCAGCGACUCUAUUGUUUUUACAGGCCUGUUAACUGGGCACAUCAAGGCUUUCAGCUACGAUGAACAGGGCAAACAUGAAGAAAAGUUCUCCAUCAGGCCUUCGAAGCGAUCCUGUCGAGCAUUAGCGAUUAGCCCAGAUGGGAAUCGACUGUGGGCGGCCGGUAAAGCCAAGACGUUGAAUACUAUCGAUGUCACAAGAGGAGAGCUUCUCCAGGCCUGGCCGAAGGCACACGAAGCACCCAUAAAUUGUUUGAAACGACUCACUGCAAAUUUAUUGGCAUCUGGAGAUGAUGAUGGGGUCAUAAAGCUAUGGGAUCCCAGAAAGUCUGACGCCAUCCGAUCAUAUACUCACCACUUUGACUUCAUAUCGGCCUUCUGCUACUUGGAUGAUGCUAGGCAACUCGUCUCGACGAGUGGAGACGGGACGCUCUCCGUUAUCGACGUUCGAGCGAAGAAAACUGAGCCUCUCGCACAGUCAGAGGACCAAGAGGACGAGCUAUUGUCCGUCGUGGCCAUCAAGCAGGGGCAAAAGUUAGUCGUUGGAACGCAACUAGGCAUUUUGUCCAUCUUCAACAGACGCAACGGCUGGGGGGACUGUGUGGAUCGUAUACCGGGCCACCCGCACUCCAUUGAUACCCUCUGUAAUCUCCCCUCGUCUUAUCCCUCCGCGCAGUCCACGAUCCUUACUGGCUCUUCCGAUGGCAUGCUCCGCGCCGUUGAGCUCUUCCCGACAAAGCUUCUCGGCGUAGUUGCUGACCAUGGCGAGUUUCCGAUUGAGUGUAUCGCCAUCGACAGGGACGGCGAGGGCCAUUGGGUCGGCAGCGCAGGACAUGAAGAGGUGUUGAAGCUGACUGACCUGAAAGAGGUAUUUGAAGACGAAGAUGAGGACAGUGAUAAGGACGAGGACGGGAGUGAGGGGAGGUCAGAUGCUGCAGAUGGCAGCGACAGCGAGAGUGAUGAGUUAGAGGACGAUAAGACCGGGCUUUCAGUAUCUAAGCCUAAGGCCCAGGGAAGUGAUUCAGAAAAUGAGAAGGAUGAGGAGUUCAAGGAGGAAGAGGAGGAAGAGGAUGUGAAGGAGGCAGGGGAGGCAGAGACGGAUGACGAUGACGAUGAGAAUGGGUCGGUGAGGGACUUGGGAGAACAGGACGCGGACACAAGCGACGACGAUGCCGUUUUCACUGAGAAGAAGCGCAAGCGCAAGAAGGACAAGGACUUACUGCAGGCUUUGAAAAGACCUAAGGCUCGCAAUGAGCUUGUUACUGACCGAUCAUUCUUCGCAGAUCUGUGA